GAAAAACUUCAAUCAAAAAAAAUGUACAAGAAACAAAGUCGCCCGUUAUUGAAAGGAAACAAUAACAGGAAAAAACUAUUACCAUCUGUUUGGACGCAAUUCUUGGAGCAGCUGUUUUAGUAUUGCAUUGUAGUACUUAGAAACAGACCGACGACGUACAAUGUCUUAUUCACUACUGUUAAUAAUUUUUACUAUCGUUGGCUUUAAGCAAAAUUUGGUCAUGGCGCUUAGAGAAAAAACACCACAGAACAUAUUGCAAUGUAGAGCUCUUUCUAAGGAAUUGAAUUAUGAUAAGGAGACCAUGCUGCGGACCACUUGGACGUCUGUGUACAGUUGGAAAAAUGAUGACUGCGUCGUUUUCAGCUUCAGUAUACCUACAGAAGACUUUGUGAGACGUGUGUAUGAAGAAGUUGGUCAUCAAUUAAAAGAGCAACCGAAUUGGGCGGAUCCCGUUUUGAUGAUGACUGUGAAAUUUAAAAAUAAAAUGCUCACUCACAAUGCGCUUUUAUUCAAAGACGUGGGAUUUCCCGGAAAUUUCCGUAUUGUGCCGGACUUAGCUUAUGAACCUCAACCUGCCGACAUGACCUACGACCCACAGCCGCUUCACAAAGUGAGUUUUAAGCUGAUGAAAGUGUCAAGCAGUCAGGGUUGUCCGAAGACCAAGUUUAUGCUCAUCCUACUGUGUGACACUGGCGUGAUAGUGACAGCUGAGGUGCAGGGUCAAUGCCCCCGCGCGCCGCUCGUGUCUGCGGUGGCUAGCAGGCUGAAGCUCUAUGAUGGACGCCUCACCUGCUUUAAGGAAUACAAUAUAACACGGUUGAUAUAGUGACUGAGAGCAUUGCCGACUAUACUACCGUUUCACGUUCAAGUAAAGAUGCUUUUCCACCAGAGAUGUAGGUAGGUACUAUGGAGCUUUGCUUUAUUAUGAAAGAAAUCCAUGCUAGUGCUACCAAUAAACAUGAUUUGAGGAUAUCAAACGCAUCCACAGUAACGUAGCAUAGCACAUCUCAGGUUGAAAAGCACAUUUUGGGUGGAAAAACUAAAUAAAGAAUGUUAAAUAAAAUAAAUGUAUGUUUUAAUCGACCUAAGAAAUUAUUAUUUGUAUUUAGUCGACUUUAUAACGAUAGAUUUCAGGAUCGACUGAAGUCACCAAAAAAUUUACUUAACAAAUUCAGAUGGAUCUUAGUAUUAGACGUUGGUAUGUAUAACUUGGCAUGUUGAAUUUGGUUCUGAGGAAAGACAAUUUUAUAACCGAAACAGCGCCAUUCAAGAGUAAUAUUACAUUUAAACAAUAACAUUACCAGACAUUAUAAAUUGUCAUUUUAAAACACGAUAAAGUCAGAAUAUUUAUAGCCAUGGCAUCAAAUAAAAGAACGUGUACUGUAAAAUUAAAUUUAGUUAUAUCUUUAAUUUUCAUAUCUUAUUUAAUUUGUAAAACUGAUUUACUCGUGUUAGGCCAAACAAAUCCAGUGAAAACGUCUUCGUUUAGUCAAGCGUGUAGAUCAUUAUCACAGGAACUA